AGUGUUGUUACGCUUCCGUAGGCCACGAUGCACAUGGUUGCAGUAUGCAGCUCGUGCAGGGUGAUCCUCCGAGUCGUGUCUUCGCACAAGGCUGCAGUCGCAGCCGGGAAGUCGACCAGACUCGAUCAGCCCACCAGAAUGGCAGCGUUGUAUCGGGUGCUGCUGGCAGCAGCAUUACUGUUCCGCCUGUCCGAGGGCGAGUGGGUCGAGAUCCCGCACCUGAAACCAUCGUCCGCCCCGUCAGCGGUGACAUCGUCCAUUAGCACCACAAUCAAACCAAUCGCCUCGAUCAACGGUCACGUGUUGACCCACUCGCAGCGACUCCUAUCACACCUGCACGACGAUCGGGCGACGGAUGGCCGAUGGUCGCUCGGUGCCGCCGUACGCUGGCAACGUCCUGUGAGCGAUCUGCUCGACUACGAACGUCCAAGCAAACGGGUAUCACAGUCAUCUUCCCCGUUUAUUACACUGGUGAAUGUGACCAAUAAGGUGGAGGAGCUAGAGGAAAGCGAAGAAGCGGACGAUGACCAUUAUCCGGUGGUGCAGACGGAGCUACUUCCGUUCGGCAAUCGGUACGAGGAAGAAUCGAUUGAAACGGCCUCUGCUGCAUCGGAUACUUCCAAGUCAGUGGUACAAUCAGUGCAACAUUUCGAUGACUUCGAUGACUAUGAUGAACGGACACCAGUGGAGCAACGGCCGUCAGACAGUGAGGAGGAGCAGCAGCACCAAUACGCCGAAGAAGAUGGUGAACAAGAAGAUGCGAACGAUACUGCGGAAAAGAGCACGGAACAUUUCCACCGACAGCCACCGAUCCAGUUGCAACCAUCACCGACCGGGUUUGGUGGAUUUUUCGAUUUUCUGCGCCGAAUGCAGGCCAGCUUUGUACAGCGCACGGCACACACCAUCGGUGACAAAAUACGAACCCUCACCGGUAUGCGUGAUCAGCUACUAAGCACCAUCGAGCGACGUAUUGCCUCGCUGUGGAUGGGCGGUGGACGGCGGCGUGUCAAGCGUGGCUGGAUGGAACAGCACGGUGAGACGGAUGCGAUGGAUUUCCCGUCCGCCGAAGGUGCGCUGCUUACCAUCUCCUUUCUCACAUUCGCCGUCUUUCUGAUCAAGCUGGUGCUGCAGGUGAUCAACACGAUCAAGGCAAAACACUACACGUACAGUACGUUUGCCGCGGCCACACCCGUAUCUGGGGGCCUGCUAGUGAAACGGACGCGACGCUACAUCGAUCCGCAUGAUCUGCAAGCAAUACUCGGCACGAUUGACGGUUACCGGCCGGUAUAGGUUCAUCCAUCGCGUGUGUAAUGGUGGUGGUGUCGUGUUAGUACGCAUUCUAUGCAACAUUAAACCUUUUGCUGGCUGUCCAACUGGAUUAGUAGUUUCAUGGCAUGCGGAGUGGUUUGUAGGAAACACAUGUAAGUUUAACAAGUUUAGUGAAAUGAAGAUGUGAUACACACACUGCGCCUAGUUUGUUCGUUGGUCUGGUGAAGAUGUGUGCAACGGAACUCUUUACCCGGCCAGAGCAACGUUGUCAUUACUGCUGCGGGACUGUGCGUAUGUAUAACAGCUCCAGCACUUCGCUCUUUGUAUGCAAGCAUAAAUAGCGGUGUACAUUGACUUUUCGUCAGCCUGAAACAGAUGUAAAAUUGAAGGAGCAUUAUGGGGAUUUUCCUUAC